UUCAUUCCCCCAAAAAAAGAUAAAAAAAAAUCCGCCUGCGACAGCGAGCAACUACAACGACGUCGUUCAAUGAGACAACCGAGGGGCAGUUUCGCCAACUUACUUUAAGCCACCGCAAAACCCUUGUUCCCGUUCUCUCUUCCAUGGUCUCCUCAAUCCCAUUCUUCUCUUCGUUUCCUUCAUCUUUACUUCGCCGGAAAAAGUUUUGAAUCCGAUCUCCCUUUUCAUCAAUCUCAUAUUAUCUUAUGUGCCUUUUCUUGAAGUUCUGUCCCUGUUGUUGUUCUUUUUUCUGUUUCGGCACACGAGGUGUUCGACGAAAUUCCCCACUGGCAACAAAACACCGUUUCCCGAUUCAGGAAUGGAUGUUGCUGAAUGCAUUCUAGACGGCAAUGCCGAUGCAGUGGAAUUUUGUCCGCAUAGUUCAUUUAGUCAUGUUCUGGCGGCUUCCACUUAUACACUACAAGAGGGGGAUCAGCCCAGUCGGUCUGGAAGUAUAUCAAUCUUCAAUGUAAAUGUAGAAAUCGGGUGCUUGGAGCUGCUUCAUCGCGUGGAAACGGCGGGGAUUUUUGAUAUAAAGUGGAGUCCCGUUGGUCAGACCGGGAGUCCUCUGCUUGCUCAAGCAGAUGCUGAUGGUUGUCUCAGAAUUCAUGCUCUCGAGUACUCUUCAAAUGGUUCAGAAGGAGAACGAGAACAUAUAAGAGAGAGAUGCACCAGCAAAGUUUCUUCCUCCAUGUGUCUUUGCCUGGAUUGGAACUCUUCCGCCUCGGCCAUCUCAGUGGGGCAUUCAGAUGGUUUCAUCUCAAUACUCUCUGCAAGAGAAUCCCACUUGGAAGUCCAAAACCAGUGGAAAGCUCACGAAUUUGAGCUCUGGGCAACCUCCUUCGACUCUCACCAAUCUCAUUUAGUAUACACUGGCUCAGAUGACUGCAAAUUCAGCUGUUGGGAUUUGCGAGACACUCCUUCCAAGGCAUUUCACAACACCAAAACUCACAAAAUGGGCGUCUGUUGCAUCGCCAAAAGCCCCAGUGACCCUUAUAAACUUCUCACCGGCAGCUACGACGAGCACCUGAGAGUGUGGGAUAUGAGAUCAAUCUCAAAGCCCAUGAAUGAAACUUCAAUUUGUUUAGGAGGUGGGGUCUGGAAAAUCAAGCCCCACCCUUCAGUUUUUGACGUUGUUCUGGCGGCUUGUAUGCACAAUGGGUUCGCAAUCGUUAGAGUUAAAGAUGAUGAUGCGGAAGUGGUUGAGACUUAUGGCAAACACGGCUCUCUUGCUUAUGGGGCAGAUUGGAAGAGAGGAGAUUCUUCCCAAGAAGACAAAAGGAAAAGGUAUGCCGUUGCAACUUGCUCGUUUUAUGAUCGGCUUCUUAAGAUUUGGAUUCCAGAAACUGAUAUAUGACUUGAUGAUACUUCACAGCACACGUUUAAUUGAUAUGAGAUGUUGCAAGCAGGUCCCUUUUUUUAUAAUAUAGUGUUAAUAAGAGUGGGUAUUCGAACUCUCGACCGUACUGAUGAACUGUUGAGCUAUGUCAUGCUGAUAUUGAAUCUUUAUAGUUUGUUUGUUCAUACA